AGACUCGGGGUGGUAGAGCGCGUGAGCCUGCCGCCGGGAGCGUGUGACUGAGGCGCUGAGAGAUACCAACUUUGUGCCUGAGUGAAAAAGCUUUUCCAGGAUGGCUUUGAAUUGCUACUGGGGAGUCUUGGCAGUCUGUAUGAUGACUUUUCCAAGCACACUUUGUUUCCAGCAGGACCAGUCCAGAGUGUUACUAUUAUCUUUUGAUGGAUUUCGAUGGGAUUACAUUUAUAAAUUCCCAACGCCUACCUUUCAUUAUAUCAUGAAGAAUGGUGCUCAUGUUAAACAGGUUACUAAUGUGUUUAUUACAAAAACGUAUCCUAAUCAUUAUACAAUGGUGACAGGUCUCUAUGCAGAGAGCCAUGGCAUAGUUGCUAAUGAAAUGUAUGAUCCUGUCCUGAACAAAACUUUCUCCCUGAACAGCAUGAACAUCUAUAAUUCAAAGUUCUGGGAAGAGGCCUGUCCGAUAUGGGUCACCAACCAAAUGGAAGGACAUAGAACCGGAGCUGCUAUGUGGCCUGGAACAGAUGUAAAAAUACAUGGAGUCUUUCCUACACACUAUAUGUUUUAUAAUGAGUCUGUUUCAUUCGAAGAUCGGGUUGACAAACUUAUUGAUUGGUUUACCUCAGAAGAACCCAUAAAUUUUGGUCUUCUGUACUGGGAGCAGCCUGAUGCGAUGGGGCAUGUUUUGGGCCCAGAAAAUCCACGUAUGGGCGCAGUCAUUAGUGAGAUUGAUGACAAGCUGGGAUAUCUUGUGUCAGAACUGAAGAAAGCAAAGUUGUGGGACACACUGAAUAUCAUAAUCACAAGUGACCAUGGAAUGGCACAAUCUUCUUCAGAAAGGCUCAUAGAGCUUGAUCAGUACGUGGCUAGAGAGCUGUAUACAAUGGUUGACCAUUCUCCGGUGGUAGCGAUUUUGCCAAAAGAAGGCAAACUUGAUGAAGUGUAUGAAGCCUUGGUCAAUGCUCAUCCCAACAUGACUGUUUAUAAAAAGGAGGAGAUUCCAAAUAGAUUACACUACAAACACAACAGUAAAAUUCAACCAAUCUUAGCAAUGGCUGAUAAAGGAUGGGAAAUCUUACAAAACAAGUCUGAUCAACUUCUCUUGGGUAAUCAUGGAUAUGACAACAUCCUACCAGAAAUGCACCCAAUCUUCUUGGCCUAUGGUCCUGCCUUUAGAAAGAAUACCACCAAAGAAGCCAUGAGUCUCACAGAUCUGUAUCCCUUGUUGUGCCAUCUGCUUGGUAUCAGUUCAUUGCCAAACAAUGGGUCAUUCAGCAAUGUGGAAGAUUUGCUUCUUACAGAAGUUCCAAGAGACCUGAAUCCUAGAUAUUAUGCACAGGAGUCCUAUGCCUAUUUUAUAGGAGUUUUGCUUGGUAGCAUUCUUGUUGUUGUUUUUCUUCUAGUUUUUAUUAAACACAUAACCCACAGCCACCUACCCAGCAUGCAGGUACAACACACUGAAAUUUCCCAGCCGUUACUACAAGGGUAA